UCGCCGGAAGUCGUCGGAUUACGGCAAGCACACCUCCGACGCGGCGGCUCUCUCACAUCCCCGCUGUCCCGGACGCCCCCAUGGUAGAGAGCGGGUUCCAAAGCCCGUCCACGUCGCGCGCCCCCAAUUGCCCGAGCCUGCAGGAGAUGGUGCGCGAGGAGAUCUCGCGGCUCCUGCAGUCGUACGGCGACGAGCCGAUCACCCUGACCGUCACCGGCCACAGCUUGGGCGCGGCCCUGGCCACGCUCACCGCGUACGACGUGAAGACGGCCUUCGGGAGCGCGGCCCCACUCGUCACCGUCAUCUCCUUCGGCAGCCCACGGGUAGGCAACCGGAGCUUCCGGUGCGGCCUCGAGGAGCAAGGGAUCAAGGUCCUUCGCAUCGUCAACUCGGACGACCUGAUAACAAAAGUGCCUGGGUUCGUCAUCAACAGAGCCGACGGCCACAACGGCGUCCCGAGCGACCGGGACAUCCGGGUGCUGAGCUCGCCGAGCUGGAUCCAGAGACGCGUGGCGGACACACGGUGGGAAUAUGCUGAGGUCGGGAAAGAGCUGAGGCUCGAAAGGAGGGACUCGCUGUACCUCAGCUGCAUCCACGUAUGA